AUGCUUCGCGCCACAAAACGCGUUCCUGCAUUCUUCCCUCGUUUUCUACAACCACUGCGUCAACUCCAUGAAGACAUCGAAGAGAAUAUACAUUUUCAUAAGAGCAAAGGCCAACACAUCCUCACAAAUCCUCGAAUCCUUGACACAAUCGUAACAAAAUCCGCAAUAAACCCCACCGACACGGUCCUCGAGAUCGGUCCCGGCACCGGAAACCUCACCCUCAAACUUCUAGAAGCUUCCCAUGAAGUCAUAGCCAUCGAGCUCGACCACCGCAUGGUUCACAUUCUCGAAAAUCGUGCCACCAAACGCGGCCUCCGCAGCAAGCUAAGGGUGAUAACUAAAGAUGCAUUGAGAACAGAGUUUCCACCGUUCGAUCUCGUGGUAGCGAACAUUCCUUACGGUAUAUCCUCACCACUUAUAAUUAAACUUAUAUACGAAACGAUACCGUUUAGGAGCGCGACUCUUUUACUUCAGAAAGAGUUUGCUCGAAGAUUACUGGCUAAUCCCGGUGACUCUGAGUUUAACCGGUUAGCCGUUAACGUUAAGCUUUUAGCUGACGUGGAGUUUGUUAUGGACGUUAGCAAGAGAGAUUUUCUUCCGCCACCUAAAGUUGAUUCCUCCGUCGUUAUAAUUCGACCUAAAGUUAAUGUUCCCGACGUUAAUCUCCGUCAAUGGAGGGCUUUCACUAGGACAUGCUUUAAUAACAAGAAUAAAACGCUUGGUGCUACGUUUAAGAGUAAGAGGAAAGUUUUGGAGCUGUUGGAAUUUAAUAAUGUGUCUGGUUUGGUUAGAGAACAAGAUGAUGUUUGUUUGUUUAAGGAAAAGAUUGUUGGAGUUCUUAAAAAGGGAGGGUUUGAUGAUAAAAGACCUUCGAAGCUUUCGAUCGAAGAGUUGUUGUGUUUGCUUUCUUUGUUUAAUGAAGUUGGAGUUUAUUUUGAUCACCAUUGGGAAGUCAUGAAUGAAGAUGAUAUUGAUGACUAA